AUGCUGAAGUUAAAGCGAACAUUUGACCUGUACAGAGAUGUGGUUUGUGAUCUACGAAAGAAAGAGGCAUCGGUCUGCAGGGUGAAAGAAUACUCCGGAGAGGUGGACACACGUAUUCUGAACAUUGAGUGUGAUGGGGGCAUUCUUUACUCCUGGACGGGAGCCACCGGAACCACCAGAAUCGGAAAAUACGAUCCCCAAACUAAGCAAAACAAGCUUCUAUACACCUUUGACACGCAGGUGUGUGUGAGCAGCUGUUCCCUAAAUAAGGAGGAGACGCUGUUAGCUGUGAGUCUGGCACAAAACAGAAUAGAAGUUCGGGGACUCAAACCAGGGUCCAAGUGUCUCACCCUGCUCAUAGAAAUCCACCCCAUCAACAACACAAAAGUCCUGAAGGCAGUGGACUUCAGAGUCAAAGUGCAGUUCCUCCAUCAAGAAGAAUCUGACAGGAGAUCAGUGCUGGAGAGCCACCUGCUGCUGCUGACUGAAGAUGGAUAUGUUGACCUAUACCACAUUUUACUGACCAGACAGGAGGGGUACCGAAUGGUGAUGGUUUCCCCCGAGAGACUGACCAAGACUGCAGAGCGGAUUGUGGAAGACUUCUGCUGGGUCCAGUGGGAUGGGCACACGCAAAGAUUGUACUAUGUAACUCAUAAGGGAAAGUACCGGCUGCGAUGUGUGCAGUUCUUUUCAAAGCACUACUGUGAGGCCGUGCUGGAGCUCCCUUUGGAGAUGCCUGCUAAUUCAUUCUCAGCAGUCAAGUUUGCUAACCUGGGGUUUGACCAUUAUCACACGGAGAAACCGGAGCAGGAGCUUGUUAAAAUGGAAGUGUUCACAGACAGAAUAGGAAGCAUGUGCAUCUGCUACAAUCAUCCCCUGAACAAAAACAACAAAGAAGUGGUCUACACUCUGGUUCUGGUGCACAAAGGCUGCAGCAAGACAUUUCAAAUGGCUCUGGGCAGUAUGGAGUUGCUGAAGAGAAGCGCUCUGCUCCAUCCUCUCUUCAUCCCCAUAGGCUACUACAUUUUGGUGUACAUGGAGGACUGUUUUCUUCACCUGAUAAACACCAGGCAGCAGGAGAUGCUCUGCCACUCUCUGUUUCUCUCCGCUAAUACAAAGCGUCAUGACGUGGAUCUGGGGCUGCGGUGCCGCUCGGCCGACAUCACUGUGCUGAAUUUUGAUGAAAAGGCCAGUGUUUCGCUGCUGGAGCUGAGCAGUGGGAGAGUCCUGGCUGCAGAGCUCAAUGCUGCUCACCUGCUGCUGAUACUCGGGGCUGACACUGCUUUUCAGUGUCCCCGCCGUGAGCCUGACCCUGAUCGCCUGGCCGCCCUCCACUGCCUGCUGGUUUACAUGGGAAACGACCCAAAUCUGGAGCUGAAGAUUAUUGAAUGGCUGUGCGACGACACCAGUACCUUCCAGUCUUUUGAUCACAUCCAGGAGUUCAUUCUAGCCUCUUUGUACAGAAUUUGUUAUGAGAAGUCUCUCAACCUGGACAAAAUCCUGCCCUAUUCCUCUGUUUUUGACAAGAAGGACAUACCAAAGAGUUUGCUGGAAAUCCCUGGAGUAACGUGCACCACUGAGCUGCAUACUGAGACUAUCUUCAAUAUCAAGCUCAGCAGUCUCACGGGUUUCUGGUCUGAGCUGCAGUGGAACACAGAGAGAACAAAAUACCUUGAAGCGGUCCCCAGUCCCAGAUACAGGACCUCGCACGUCCAGGUGGAGUGGGACAAACUGCUGAAGUCGGGGAGGAGACCUCCAAGCCACAAGGAUCACAUUGAGGAAAACACAAAGAAAGUGCUGUCAAUUGUGGACACAUGGAGUCUGGAUAAGAAGUUGGUGCCACUAUUUCAGGAAGAAGAUCCCCAACAGAGGGCGCUUAUCGGCCUGACAGUUGACAAGCUGCGGGAACAUCUCAACAGACACCUUCCACGUUUGGGGAAAAAGAGAAUUGAAACUCUUGUUGUGAACUAUGUGGCCAAACUGCUGGAGCUCAUAAGGCACAUGCUGGAGACCGUCUGGCUCAAAUACAAGCUGGGGCCACGUGCUUUGUGUCUUUCCCAGCGGGGCAGUGCGGCAGAGUGGUCCGUGUUUUAUUUCAUGUGUCAGAUCCUUGAAGCUACAGUUAGCCUGUGCCUGCCCCUGCCUCCCGGCUUCCAUACGUUGUUAGCAGUGUUCGCCGUGCGCUGCCUGCCACAGCACUCCUUCCUCCAGUACAUCGACCACAAACUGCUGCAGCUCACUGACACUUUUGUGGCUCGAGUAAUGAAAGAUUUGGACAACAGUGCUGGCAACGAGUUACUGAAAUUCAGCAUCCUCAAGAGACUACCUCAGCCCGCGGAGCAGACCAUCUACCACAUGUGGGACCACCCCGUCACCUCAGCCUCCAUAUCCAGAGCUUAUGUUCACACAAUGCUGGAGAAACACAACAAAACAAAGGGAUUUGCAUUCAGCGGCAGUGACAAGCCUGGAUUCAGACCGGAAUUCCUCCCUCUCACCUAUCUGGCAAAGAUGCUGUCGGAUAUUGAAGAGCAAGGCACAAAUCCAUUUGAGGAACAAGAAAACGUGGACGUCAGAUUUGUGGAAGAGACCGCUCUAAAACAAACACUCGUUCUGCUUGGUUUUGAGGAAAAAGCCAUCGACUUUGGGCCUGGAGGACAAGUAACGGCUGGGCGGAUGACGGAGAGCCAGGAACAAAAAGAUGAAUGCAGAGCGUCUAAAGGCAUGGGGCUCAUAAACAAGCUGUGA